ACCGUGCUGCCCCUGGGGGCCCGGGGGCCCCUAGUGUCCAUUCUAUCACCCAAGUACACCUGGGUGCACCCAUCACCCCCUGCAGGCCCCACUCAGCCCACCUGCUGGGAAUCAGGGUAUCAACCAGGAGUUGCUUAUGAAAACCACCUCCAUGAAGUGACAGCACCGCCUGCAGGGCAGGGAACGGGCCUUUCAUCUCCAAAGCUGAGGCCAGGCUUUGUCCACCGGUCCCGGCAGAGCAGCCCCGGCAGAUGAUCCGCUGCUUUCUUAGACCCUGGGUGUCCAUCAGUGGAGGAAGCAAAAUGUGAUGUGUCCAGACAGUGGAAUCUCGUUCAAGGAAUGACCGCUGAGCCACAAGCCGCCAUGCGGUGAACCAGGAAACACCAUUAAGUGCACGAAAGUAGCCGAAGGCCACAGGUCACGUGGUCCCGCUUACUUGAAAGAAGCAAAAUAGGUGGGCCUUGAACCAGGAUGGCUGAGCCCCGCCAGGACUUCAACGCCGUGGAAGAUGACGCUGGGAUGUACGGGAUGGGGGAGAGGAAAGAUCUCCCCACCCAGGGUGGCUACACCCUGCUGCAGGACCACGCGGGUGACGCUGACCACGGCCUCAAAGAAUCUCCCCUGCAGACCCCCGCCGAUGAUGGAUCUGAGGAGCCGGGCUCUGAAACCUCUGAUGCUAAGAGCACUCCGACAGCCGAAGACGUGACAGCACCCUUAGUGGAUGAGGGAGCCCCCGGUGAGCAGGCGGCCACUCAGCCCCACACGGAGAUCCCAGAAGGAACCACAGCUGAAGAAGCGGGCAUUGGAGACACCCCCAACCUGGAAGACCAAGCCGCUGGACAUGUGACCCAAGAACCUAAGAGCAGCAAGACUGCCCGGGGGAGCCUCCUCCAGGGCCCGGGGCUCCAUAGAGGGGAGGCCGCAGAUCUGAGGACCCUGGGUCUGGCCCACCAGCAUGUGUCCGACCUCCCUGGGGCUCCCGUCCUGCCUGAAGGCCCCAGAGAGGCCUCCCACCGACCUUGGGGCACAGAACCCCAGGACGCAGAGGGAAGCCACCGCAGGGCUGAGCUGCCGGAACACCAGAUUCUGCAAGACCUGCACCAGGAGGGGCUGACCCUGAAGGGGGACCAGGACAAGGAGAGGUUGGGGGACGAGGAAGUUGACGAAGACCGAGACAUCGAUGAGUCCUCACCCCAGGACUCCCCUCCCUCCCAAGUCUCCCCAAGUCUUCAGAGCCCCCCAGCCCAAGGUGGGAUGCCCUCCCAGACAGUUCCCAGGGAGGCCACAGAGGCUACCCUAGUCCCAGAGCCGGAAGGACCAGGGGCAGAGCCCACCGCCGAAGAGCAGGAAGCGCCCCCCGAGUUCGAGUUCCACGUGGAAAUCAAAGCUAACAUACAAAGGGAUCCGAAGGAGUCAGGACCUUUGGAGGAGGAUUUGGAAGGGGAUGCACUUCCGGGGACACCCAGAGAAGAGCAGGAGCCCCAGGGCCUCUCUGUGGGAGAGGACUCAAAAAAGACUGACCUUCCGAAAUGGCCUGACAAGCAGCCUGCAGCUGGUCUGCCAGGGAAGCCCGUCAGCCGGGUCCCUCAACUCAAAGCUCGCAUGGUCAGUAAAAGCAAGGAUGGGACUGGAAACGAUGACAAAAAGCAUAAGACAUCCACACCUUCCUCUGCUAAAACCCUGAGAAAUAGGCCCUGCCUUAGCCCCAAACGCCCCACUCCUGGUAGCUCAGACCCUUUGAUCAAACCCUCCAGCCCUGCCGUGUGCCCAGAGCCAUCCUCCACUCCUAAACACGGGUCUUCUGUCACACCCCGAACCGGCAGUACUGGAGCAGAGCAGAUGAAGCUCAAGGGGUCGGAUAAUAAAACCGGAUCGAAGAUCGCCACACCCCGGGGAGCGGCCCCUCCAGGCCAGAAAGGCCCAGCCAACGCCACCAGGAUUCCAGCGAAAACCACACCCAGCCCCAAGACCCCACCGGGCACAGCCACCAAGCAAGUGCAGAGGAAGCCGCCCCCCUCGGGGGCCAAGUCGGAGAGAGGCGAAUCUGGGAAGUCGGGGGAUCGCAGCGGCUACAGCAGCCCCGGGUCUCCAGGCACUCCUGGCAGCCGCUCCCGCACGCCCUCCCUGCCCACCCCGCCCACCCGGGAGCCCAAGAAGGUGGCAGUGGUCCGCACGCCCCCCAAGUCGCCGUCUUCAGCCAAGAGCCGCCUGCAGACCGCCCCCGUGCCCAUGCCAGACCUGAAGAACGUCAGGUCCAAGAUCGGCUCCACUGAAAACCUGAAGCACCAGCCCGGCGGCGGCAAGGUGCAGAUAAUUAAUAAGAAGCUGGAUCUUAGCAACGUCCAGUCCAAGUGUGGCUCAAAGGAUAAUAUCAAACACGUGCCUGGAGGCGGCAGUGUGCAAAUAGUCUACAAACCAGUGGACCUGAGCAAGGUGACCUCCAAGUGUGGCUCCUUGGGCAACAUCCACCAUAAACCAGGAGGCGGCCAGGUGGAGGUGAAAUCUGAGAAGCUGGACUUCAAGGACAGAGUCCAGUCCAAGAUCGGGUCCCUGGAUAACAUCACCCAUGUCCCUGGCGGAGGGAACAAGAAGAUCGAGACCCACAAGCUGACCUUCCGCGAGAACGCCAAGGCCAAGACGGACCACGGCGCCGAGAUCGUGUACAAGUCGCCCGUGGUGUCGGGGGACACGUCCCCGCGGCACCUCAGCAACGUGUCCUCCACGGGCAGCAUCGACAUGGUGGACUCGCCGCAGCUCGCCACGCUGGCCGACGAGGUGUCCGCGUCCCUGGCCAAGCAGGGUUUGUGAUCCGGCCCCCGGGGCGGUCGCGCACGUGGAGAGGAGCGAGCGAGCGUGGGAAAGAAAGUGUCCCCCGCCCUCCGCCCCCG